AUGAGAGGCAUUUUAAUUCAAACUUUACUGUAUGGAUCCUUGACAUUUGGGAUCUGGACAGCUCUGUUGUAUGUAUUUAUUAACCACAAUCAUGUGAGCAACUUGGAGAAGAAAACCCAGGAGCCUGCCUCGAUUUGGUCCCUUGAAAAAAAAUUUCAUCGGCAAGAUACUCAUGGCUCAGAGGAAAUUCCAAGACCAUAUGUGAGAUUUGAAAGUCCUGAUGAAGAAGAAACCAAACCACAGAAAUCCUUUUUCAAAUGGAGUAAGGAUUUUAACUAUUCAAGCUCAGAAUUUGUUGAUGGAUUUUUAAAAUAUGGAUUUAACGCCAUUCUCAGUAAAAGCUUGGGCAGUGAGAGAGAAGUGCCAGAUACCAGAAAUAAAAAGUGUUUUCAAAAACAUUACCCAGCCAACCUACCUACUGCCAGCGUUGUCAUCUGCUUCCACAACGAGGAAUUUAACGCCUUGUUCCGGACCAUGUUCAGUGUCGUAAACCUCACCCCACGCCACUUCCUUGAAGAAAUUAUUCUGGUAGACGACAUGAGCGACUCUGAUGAUUUGAAAGAAAAACUAGACCACCACCUGGAAAUUUUUCGGGGAAAGAUUAAAUUAAUAAGAAACAAAAAGAGAGAGGGACUGAUCCGAUCACGGAUGAUAGGGGCCUCUCGUGCUUCAGGGGACGUUCUGGUGUUCCUGGAUAGCCACUGCGAGGUGAAUAAAGUGUGGCUGGAGCCCCUGCUGCAUGCCAUUGUCAAGGACCCCAAAAUGGUGGUGUGUCCUCUGAUAGAUGUCAUUGAUUCUGUGACCCUAGAAUACUGGCCCUCUCCUGUUGUAAGGGGUGCUUUCAACUGGCACCUACAAUUUAAAUGGGAUAAUGUCUUCUCUUAUGAGAUGGAUGGACCAGAAGGACCCACUCUACCCAUUCGGUCACCUGCAAUGGCUGGGGGAAUUUUUGCUAUAAAUAGGCAUUACUUUCAUGAGAUCGGACAGUACGACAAGGGCAUGAACCUCUGGGGAGCAGAAAAUUUGGAGCUUUCGUUAAGGAUCUGGAUGUGUGGAGGCCAACUCUUUGUAUUCCCCUGCUCGCGGGUAGGACACAUCAGUAAACAGCGCUUUCCAAAUCAACCUGAGUUUGCAGAAGCCAUGACAUAUAACAGUCUCAGACUGGCGCACGUUUGGCUGGAUGAAUACAAGGAGCAGUUUUUUUUACGAAGACCUGGCCUGAAAUCUGUUGCCUAUGGAAACAUUAGCGAGCGUGUCGAGUUAAGGAAACGAUUGGGUUGCAAAUCAUUUCAGUGGUAUUUGGAUAAUGUCUUCCCAGAACUGGAGGCAUCUGAGGGCAGCAGAUGA